AUGUCGCCCAAGAAAAAAGGAACCUCAUAUUCGCAAGAAAACCUUCACCAGGCGUUGAUGUCAAUUAAAAAUGGAACCCCAGUGGGAAGAGCAGCUAAGCAAUUCCAUGUUCCCCGCACUACUCUGAGAAAUAAAAUUAGUGGAAAAUCCCCAAUGGAAACUUAUGGCAAGAGAGGUUAUUAUAGCGUUCUGGGACGAGAAAUAGAAGAACAUCUUGUAAAGUGGAUCUCAGACGCAGCCAAUCGUGGGUUUCCCGUCAUAAAGGAUAGUUUGCUGAUGAGUGUACAAGAGCUAAAUAAGGAUCAUUCAGUGACGAAUAAUUUCAAGAUCCGUAUCAAACCAUCAAAAGUUUGGUAUUAUGCCUUCUUCAGAAGGCACCCGGAAAUACGGCGAAAGCAGGCUGAAUAUGUAAACAAAGCUCGAGGAAGUGUGACUGAGGAGAAGAUCAGGAAAUGGUUUAGGGAUGUGCUUCAACAGCUAGGAGAUGACGUUGCGAUACUCGCUCAUCCUCAGCGCGUAUGGAAUAUGGAUGAGUCCGGGUUUAACCUAGCACCGACGGGAGAGCUUGUGCUUGCAGCAGCUGGUCGUCACGUGUACAUAGAAUCAAGAAACUCAGACAAGGAGAAUAUAACAACGUUAUUUUGUGUGAACGCGAGUGGAUGUUUCGGACCGCCGCUCACAUUAUACAAAUAUGCAAGAUUGCCAGCAGUGGCUGCCCUUUCUGCGCCCGCACAUUGGGCGCUCGGGAAAACCGAAAUAGGAAAUGUAUUCCUGCCAUUCCAAAAUGAACAACAAAUUCAAAGACCGAUUAUUGUCUUCCUCGACGGGCAUAAGUCACAUCUCUCUCUGCAAUUGAGUGAGAUGUGCCGAGAUAAUGGCAUCAUCCUGGUUGCUCUUUACCCGAAUGCCACGCACAUACUCCAGCCACUUGAUGUGGCUGUGUUUAAGGCAAUAAAGUCCCGCUGGAAAGCGUAUAAGCGUCAGUGGCGAAUUGAACACGAUGGGAAUGAGGUGACUAAGUUUGACUUACCAUCGAUCCUUAAUAAAAUUAUCCAGGAGGAUCAGAUGCCUAAUAACGUAGUUUCGGGUUUUAGAGCCACGGGUAUCUUCCCAUUCAAUGAAAAUGCUGUGGAUUACAGGAAAAUUAUCCAAAGAUCACCACCACCGGCACAACUCCUCGAAAACAUGCAAAAUGAGGCUCAGAAUAUGAACUUAACCCACUUGAUGCAUGUAGAGAGCAAAAUAGAUCCUCAAAAGUUGGAAGAUUUCAGAGCUACCAUGAUAGAAGGAGGCCCAUGGUCAGGAGAUGUAGCUGAUACAUCUUUUUUUUUUUAUUUCUAUAGGGAUAUGGUAUUUGAAACAUAUCACCCAAAUUUGCCCCCUUUCUUAACUGAGAGCUUUGUUUCGUCAGACAUAUUGUUUGAAGAAGUUCUAGAUGAGUCAAUUUUGGAACCGUUGGAACUUAAUGGCAAUACCUCAGAACCACAUUCCCAAGAGAAGGAUCCACUGGCUUUGCCUAUGAUUUGGCCAGGUCCAACGAAAAGCAACCGCAAGGAAAAGAAUGAAUCGGAAAGGCUGUUUGUCACUACGUCACAAAAAUGGGUUGAUAUUCAUCAGGAAAAGCAGACAGAAAAGCAGAAAAAGGAGAUGGCUAAAGCUGAGAGAAAGAGGAUCAGAGAAGAAAAAACUAAGACAGUCGCAAUGGCUAGAAAACCAAAAAAAAUAAUGUCCCAAUUGAUAAUGUAA